AUGGCAACAGCAGUAGCAUCGUCACCAUCUGAUCCUUCUUCUCCACCGUUUGUGUGGGCGAAAGACAGCAACAAUGAAGAACUGGACCUAGAGCUAAAACCAGCCCAACUCCAAGCAAAAGAAGAAUACUUGGACGGUGAAGCCGACCAUCAAGGCGGGCCUCUCGAGGAACCCUUGGUGUUGCGAAAGCUUCUCAGCGACGAGCAAAUCGAUCUGAUACUCAAAGAAGCCGCUGCCGAUGGGGUCUGGCCCCGGGGUUUGUACAAGCAGGAUGGCACGAAGGAUCGACAUUCGGCUGCGAUUCGAGAACAACACGACACCUCGGGCUGGCGGUCGUCAACCCCGGAAACAACAACGACGACGACCUCUACAAUCGGCGAGAGCACAGUGGCACGCUCCGAGUUGAACGAGGACUUGCUCUCGGCGCCGCACCAUUUUGCAUGGAAUGAUGGACAUGUGGUCCUCUACAUGCACAAUGAGAAUCAUUGGUUCGUCCGAACGCUCACGGAAGCCUGGAGUGCGAUCCGUGGGGGGAUGGAAGCCCGUUCCUGGAUGAAGGGUGCCAUUCCUGUUUUGGAUAUGGAAUUUAUUGGUGUCAGCGCAGAGGACGACGUUCGAACUGUGGAACUUCAUCACUACGGUCCAGGUGGUGGUCUUACCACUGCAGGGCACCGGGAUUGCGGUUCAGAACUUACCAUUAGCGUCUUGCUUUCCGAACCGGACGCAUCGGAAGGUGGGGACUUUGUCACCUAUGAGAAAGGGGUACCAAUUGCCCACAAACUGAACCGAGGAGAUGCCAUUCUCUUCAACUCCAUGUCGCUUCACAAUAUUAGUACAAUCACAGGAGGGCUCCGCCAGUCCCUUGUAGUGGAGUUGUGGCCGUCCAAGCGGUAUUGA